AUGGCCAUAUCCCUGCUCGAGGAGCUUCUCAAGCUUGACUGGCGGAAAAGAAUCAAUGCUAUUGAUGCAAUAAACCAUCCCUAUUUUUCCAGCCCGCCAUUCCCUGCCCGACCUGGGGAGCUCCCUAGUUUUGAGGACUCACAUGAAUUUGAUAGGAGACGUUUCCGUGGGCAACGAGGCGCCAUUCCCCCGGCACCUGCAGGGGGCUCUGUGGGUAUGGGUCCAAACAGUGGCUGGGCAACUAAUUCCGGGCCCAGACCAACAACAGACAACAGAAAUAGCCGUAUUCCCGGUGCUGCACGCGUUGGCCGGCUCCCUGCACACGGGGCUCAAAACCAUCCUACAAAGCGCCCUUCUGAAAACCGGAAUGCUGUAUCGCAUGGGUCUUCAAACGCGGGGGAGUCGUUUCCAGGUUUCUCGGGUUCAAAAGAUGGCGGCUUGCCUCCUAAACCUCCUGCGUCUGCUCAUCAAUCAUGGACCAUGGGUCAUUCAAAUAGGGCGACACGUGAGAGAGGUCAACGCAAUCAUUUUGGAGGAUGGCCUGAUGGGAAACUGGAUUCGUACAUUCCGACUUACAGUGACGCUAGUGGACAUUCCCGAGAUAGGAAAGGCAAUAGCCCGAGUUCCAUUGUUGAUCGGCGUGGUCUGGAACUCGAACAAUCUAAUGAGGGGCAUAAACAGGGUCAUCCUUGGGACCGAUAUGCUUCAAGAAGGCGAAGCCGGAGUCCUGACUCUCGAGCGGCUCGAACAGAGGAUCGAGCAUUGUAUCGACGAUGA